AGUAGCUAUUUCCCCUCCUCCUUCCUUCGUUGUACGACUUUUCACUAACUACUAACUACCGUCUUCCAGUCUAGGUACUUCUCUCUCCCUUAGUCUGGCUACGACAACAUCCACGCCGCAAUGGGACUCCUAAGUUCGGCCUUUCUAGGCCUAUUUGCCAUUCUGGUAGCCACACUGGCACCGGCUGUUGUCCAUAUGAUCAAAAUCGGUGGUCCUUUCCUAACGCCCAAUCUGACUGUACUGGGCGCAAGCCAGGGUCCCAUCGUCAUUGAGGAUACAAUUCAUUGCGAAGAUUUGCACCACUAUCGCCCCGCCAAUCUGCUGUUCGCGGCAUGCGAGGAUCUGAAAGAUACCCGCUUCGGCUGGUUCCCCGGUCUGGGCCAUUUGGACACUAAAGCAGCUGCUGGUCGGGGAUCUAUUCAUGUUGUUGAUCCGAAGACCUUCAAGUCCACCCAUCUAGAGCUGGAAAACUUCAACGGCCCCUUCGUCACCCAUGGCAUCGACGUCAUCGAAGAUCCCCAAAAUCCAUCUGCAGUCUACAUCUUCGCUGUCAACCACCUGCCAAACCCGGACUUUACUUCCACUUCCAACACACCAGAUAUCCCAGCAGCACGAUCUCAAAUCGAGCUCUUCCACCAUAUCCUCCACUCUUCCACCGCUCAACACGUCCGCUCAAUCAGACACCCCCUCAUCCAAACCCCCAACGACAUCUACGCCCACAGCCCGAACUCGCUCUACGUAACAAACGACCAUUUCUACCGCAGCGGAUUCCUCCGCCUAGUCGAAGAUGUCUGGCCAUCCGCGAAAUGGUCGAAUAUCAUCCACGUCCAGCUGCACGAGCUAGAAAACGUCGCAGACGCAACGUCCUCGCUAACGGCGUCAGUCGCUUACAGCGGACUAUGGAAUAACAACGGUCUCGGACAUGCCCGCUCUGAUGUCGAAAUUGUUAUUACCAGCGCUAUCGGCGGUGAAUUAUACCUUGCAACGCGACACGAGAAUAACACACUUUCCGUCCAUGACACCAUCGUCUUCAACACUGUGACUGAUAACCCGAGUUACUACGUCGAUCCGUAUGCGAGUGCUAAGCAUGAUGCGAGCGGGUUUGUCGUUGCGGGUGUUUCGCAGGGCUUUUAUCUCCCGCAGACGGGCCGGGAUCCGGAUGCGUUGGAGGCGGUGCAGGUUUGGUAUGCGAAGCCUGGGUCUGGGUCUGGUGGGGAGGAGGCCUGGGAGAAGAGGUUGUUGUUUGAGGAUGAUGGGAAGAGGAUUAGGAGUGCUAGUGCCGCGGUUUUGGUUCCUGUUGAGCCGGAGGAUGGGAUGAAGAAGGCUUGGUUGUUUGUGACGGGGUUUUUGUCGGAGAAUAUGAUUGCCGUGCAGGUUGAGUUGUAAGGUGGAAGAUGAGGAUCGGAUGGAUUUGGUUUGUAUAUAUGACUGUAAAAUGCUAUUCUGAC